AGCAUUUGAACAUCUCAAGCGGUCAAGGAGUGCAGCCAUGGCGGGCUGCGACAUGGAGAGCCAGAUGAGCGGCAUCAGCCCGCAGCAGGUUCGACUGGGCUUCAUCCGAAAGGUCUACGGCAUCGUUUGCGCUCAGGUCACUGCCACGUCCAUCUUCGCGGGCGCCUGCGUGGCUGGGCCGUUGCGAGAGCCCAUGGUCGCCUUUGCCCAGCACAGGCCCGGGCUGCUGCAGUGGGGCACUUUGAUCGCCAGUCUCUUGGCGCUGCUCCUCUGCCGAGUGGGCAAGGACCGAUACCCCCUGAACCUGGUGGGCCUUGGUCUUCUCACCUCGGUCAUGGCUGUUGACGUGGGGGUGAUCUCUGCUAUGGUGAGCUCCAUUGGGCUGGGUAUGCUGGUGGUGGAGGCGGCGCUCAUUACCGGGCUCCUCACUGCGGGCCUCACUUUGUAUACCUUCCGCUCCAAGCGGGACUUUUCCUUCCUGGGGGCCGCCCUGUGGCCCUUGCUGUUCGCACUCUGCUGCUUCUCUUUGCUGAGCGUCUUUUUCCCUUCGCUGCGAAUGGGGUGGAUGAACCUCAUCGUCUCCUUCGCAGGAGCAGCAAUCUUCUGCGGGUACAUCGUCUUUGAUACCUGGCGCAUAUGCAACGAGCUCAAGGUGGAUGACUACGUGGAGGGCGCCAUCCAGCUGUACAUGGACAUCGUCAACCUGUUCUUGUACAUCCUUCGCAUCCUCCUGGAAAUCGCUGCGAAGCGGGACUAGCCCAUCGGCUCCCCGCGCAGGCAGCCGUACUGCGCGAUUGCGAUGGGCGCAAAUGGUGGGGAGCGAAGCCAAAUCCAAAUCGUUAAUCAAAUGUUGAACUCAAAAAAGAGCAGAGGCUGAGGAACCAGGAUUUUCUUAUCACCGAAUCACCUGGAUACUCUCUCUCAUGUGCGUCCCAGCAUAGCAUUGACACAUCAGUUGCUCGUACCCAAACCACAAGAGAGCAUCUCGUGAAAGGAAGGCUGUGCUUUUCUU